GGAGAAGCUGGGUCACCGCCUACUCAAACUCCGGCCGCCCCAAACCCAAGCCGGGCAGAGUGGGACCCACGGCGGCGUGGCAGACUGACCACGACCACGGCGGGGCAGGGGGAAAGGGUGGCCCGCCCCGGCCUACGCCCACCCCCACCCCGGACCCGAGCUCCGGGGGGCCGAAGGUGGGUGGCUGAGCCGAAAGGGGCACCCAUCCCAGAGCUCGCUGCUGGGGACAAGAAGCAGAGCUCCGAGCAGCAGCGGCCGUCCAGACUUCCCGUCGCCCUCACCCCGCCCGGCCCGGGCGCGCACUCGCCGGGGCGCGCGGAUGGGGCGAGGGCUACCGAACCAGGAGUGCCGGCCCCGGGACCGCCGCGGCUCUCGUCCGCCGGGCGCCGGAGUUCGGCUCAGCCGGGUCCCGGCCGAGGCCUCCAACCUCUAGCAAGCGAUCCUGGCAGACAAAGCCAGCACCGCCCGUGGGGCCGCUCCCGGGCAGGCGGGGAAGGAGGCUGAGGGGCCAAGCAGGGACCUGGGGAGCAGCCCUCGCCCCCGGAGGACGCUCGGGGAAGUCGGCCUCAGACAAAGAAGGGGGCAGGCCCCGACGCCCCAGCCGAGU